CACACGAUUGGUUUAUUGUUUAAUUUUUUUUUAGAAAACAAAAAGAAAAAAAAAAUUAAAACAUGUUUAUUGCAAGUCUCUUAAGGGGUUCUUAGCGUAAUAUAAGAUACGUCUCUUAGUUUUUAAAAAAACUAAGAGACGUCUCUCAUAUCUCUUAUUUAAGAGACGUUUUUUAGAUUUUUUAGUUAAAAGUUAAGAGACCGUAUUUUAUAUUACGCUAAGAAUCCCAACGUAAGAAACUUGCAAUAAACAUGCUCUAAGAACCCCAUUUAGAAUUUUACCGAUAAUCAUGGUCUUACUCCCAUCAGGGAGUACAUACCAGUUCGAAAUAUUUUAUAUACUGACGAAUAUAUUGUAAUCGGGCAUACUAUAUAUAGAGUUGACCUGGUAAUUAUUGGUUGAUACUUGGUAGUUGGUACGCAUACAUUUACAUAUUGCCUCUUUAACGUUUUAUAAAAACUGCCUCACGUCACAUAUAUAUGCAUCUAUACAUUCGGAUUUUACCGAGUUUUACAUAAAAAUUUAAAUUAUCUAAAGAAAAUGGUUACUAGAACAAGAAAAAUAGAAAGGAAAAGUUAGGUUUGUUUUCCUUAAGUGGAUAACAAUGAAACCAAAAGAGAAUAUUUGAUAGUAGUGUCCCAUGAGACAUCUCACAACUAAGAUUUCUUGUAACUUUGUUUUUUCUUGAAACUUCCCACCAUAACUAACUACGUACAUUACACAAGCAUGGAUCCAAUUAAUUUUAUAAUAUUGUAAGACUCUAACUUGUCAUCUUCCAACCUUACUACAUGCAUGUUAUAUAAUAUUCUAUUUCCAUACAUCAAAAUAUGCCAAUUUCUCCCUAGCUAUAAAUAUAUACAUAAUUGAACCUAGACACACCCCUCUCCCCCUUCCUCCUCUUUCUUUGAACCUUUACAUGUCCUGUUGGUAAAAACGUUUUUAGAUUUAAAUAUACAUAGUAAGCUACAGAUUUAUUCACAUAAUGGGUUUGAAAGAUAUUGGGUCCACAUUGCCACCGGGAUUUCGGUUUCACCCAAGCGAUGAAGAGUUGGUUUGUCAUUAUCUCUGCAACAAGAUUAGGGCAAAAUCUCUCCACUGUAAUGUUGAGGAUGACGACGUUGAUGAAGCCUUGAAGGAUGCUACUGAUCUUGUGGAGAUUGACUUGCAUAUUUGUGAGCCGUGGCAGCUCCCUGAUGUGGCAAAGCUGAACGCCAAAGAAUGGUACUUCUUCAGUUUUCGCGAUCGAAAAUAUUGCACUGGUUAUCGUACAAACAGAGCAACAGUAAGUGGAUACUGGAAAGCAACAGGCAAAGAUCGAACUGUAAUUGAUCCACGAACAAGGCAAUUGGUAGGGAUGAGGAAAACACUGGUGUUCUACAGAAAUAGAGCACCGCAUGGGAUCAAAACUACUUGGAUCAUGCACGAGUUCCGUCUUGAGUGUCCUAACAUGCUACCCAAGGAAGGCUGGGUCUUGUGCAGAGUGUUCAACAAAGGCAGAGACUUAUCGCUACAAGACAAUAACAAUGAUCACCUGACGCGAAGGUUUGCGGUUAAUGGCGCUCCGGAUCUUAAUUACGCUCCUAAUUACAACAAUCAGUUGCACCCUUUACUAUCAUCCUCUCCUUCAACCACCAUCGACCCUCUACAUCAUCUUGAUCAGUGGGGGCAGCUAAUGAAGCAGCCUUCAAGGACUACUGACCAUCCCUAUCAUCACCAUUGUAAACAUCAAACCACAGCAUGUGGCUGGGAGCAGAUGAUGGGUUCGAUGUCAUCAUCGUCGACACAUGGCCAUGAUCACGAGUCCUUGCUAAAUUUGCUUUACGCCGACAAUAACAACAAUAUCAACGUCACUGAUGAUCAGUACAUUCAGAACUACGAGAAGAUAUUGUUCCCAUCAGACUCAACUAGUUUGGAUCAUGAUAAGAUAUGUAUGGGGACAUCAUCCGAUGGUGGUAUGGUCUCUAAUCCUCACAUGGAAUGUGGCGGCUUAAGUUUUGAGACUGACAACCCCCUCUCUUUCCAUUGAAACAUACUACACAAUUGCAUAUAUCCGCCGAUUUGUUGAUUCGCAAAAUAUUUUAAAAGAAAUUUUAUAUAAUGAUAAUAUGUAAUAAUAAUGUGAUAAAUAUAUGAUCUUAUUCUCCUUAUCAUAUUCCCGUUCAUUUUGUUCUUAUUUUGUGCUUUCAGUUUAAAGAAGAAUUUUCUCCCUUUUUUAUGUUUUCUGUUAAAAAAAUUCAAAAUUAAAUAUAAUCCAAGGAUAUCCACAGUUGAGGUCUUUCAAAUAAAUAAAAAGUCAGUAAAAUAAUAAUA